GAGGGGAUUCCCUCAGCCUCCUAGUUUCCAUGCAAAAUCACAGGUACUUGAGAUCCACAUGUGAAAAACAUUCCAAGGUGUUUGACAACAAGGAGCUGAGCUUUACAAGGUGAAAGUUUUAGUAAGAAUUUUAGUAUAACAGGAUAAAGUAGGGAAAAAAAAUGAUGAACAUUUCCUGCUCUCCACAUAGCAAGUGAGAGUAAAGAUGUAAAAUGAUGGUUCUUAUCUGUGACCUUUAUAAGCUGGGAGAGUACACAUGGUCAUGUGGUCUUACAGCAUUCCCUGCACCCCAGCCAUUAGACAGUGGUUCUAGGUGGCUAAGAUGGGUGCUGUUUCUUAUUUUAAAACAUGGAGAUGUGAUCUUGCCCACCGAAAGGACAAUAGGUGAGUUUAAGACUUUCCUUUGCCAGAUUUUUGUCUAACCAUUCCAUUAGUGUUUAACCAUUAAUUUAUAGCUUCUUAACUUCUCAAAGGAGAAGGCAGAUGAUGCAGGUAGCCCCUUUUUGUCUUCUGUUCUUUUAAUACCUAAAAGGUAGAGGAGCUAAGCUACUUGACUGGUUCUAAUGUCUGUGUCUGACCCUUUUAAUAUUUUUUAGAAUAAUAAAUAUAAUUUCCCUGUUUCCUCAUUUAUCUAACCUGCCUCAGAAAUAGCUAGAGAAUUUUGACAUUAAGGACACAGUACUGUAGCUGAGUUCUUUUCAAGUUUGUUUGGAGUUACUUCUUGCUUGGCUUCUCUGACCUGACUUGGACAUCAGAAUCAGUAGGCUUCUUUCUCAGUUUUGCUAUCAUUUUAAAUUAAAAUGUCUUUUGAUUCUUAAAAUUUUUCUUUCCAGGGGCCACUCAAUAGUGAGUCUUCCAAUCAGAGCUUGUGCAGUGUGGGGUCUUUGAGUGAUAAAGAAGUAGAGACUCCUGAGAAAAAGCAGAAUGACCAGCGAAAUCGGAAAAGAAAAGCUGAACCAUAUGAAACUAGCCAAGGAAAAGGCACUCCUAGGGGACAUAAAAUUAGUGAUUACUUUGAGUUUGCUGGGGGAAGCGGGCCAGGAACCAGCCCUGGCAGAAGUGUUCCACCAGUUGCACGAUCCUCACCGCAACAUUCCUUAUCCAAUCCCUUACCGCGGCGAGUAGAGCAGUCCCUGUAUGGUUUAGAUGGCAGUGUUGCAAAGGAAGCCUCAGAGGAGCAGUCUGCUCUGCCAACCCUCAUGUCAGUGAUGCUAGCAAAACCUCGGCUUGACACAGAGCAGUUAGCACAAAGGGGAGCUGGCCUCUGCUUUACUUUUGUUUCCGCUCAGCAAAACAGUCCCUCUUCUACAGGAUCUGGCAACACAGAGCAUUCCUGCAGCUCCCAAAAACAGAUCUCCAUCCAGCACAGACAGACCCAGUCUGACCUCACGAUAGAAAAAAUAUCUGCACUAGAAAACAGUAAGAAUUCUGACUUAGAGAAGAAGGAAGGAAGAAUAGAUGAUUUAUUAAGAGCUAACUGCGAUUUGAGGCGGCAGAUUGAUGAACAGCAAAAGAUGCUAGAGAAAUACAAGGAACGAUUAAAUAGAUGUGUCACAAUGAGCAAGAAACUCCUUAUAGAAAAGUCAAAACAAGAGAAGAUGGCAUGUAGAGAUAAGAGCAUGCAGGACCGCUUGAGAUUGGGCCACUUCACUACUGUCCGGCAUGGGGCCUCUUUUACUGAACAGUGGACAGAUGGUUAUGCUUUCCAGAACCUUAUCAAGCAACAGGAAAGAAUAAAUUCACAAAGGGAAGAGAUAGAAAGACAACGGAAAAUGUUAGCGAAGCGGAAACCUCCUGCCAUGGGUCAGGCCCCUCCAGCAACCAAUGAACAGAAACAGCGGAAAAGCAAGACCAAUGGAGCUGAAAAUGAAACGUUAACAUUAGCAGAAUACCAUGAACAAGAAGAAAUCUUCAAACUCAGAUUAGGUCAUCUUAAAAAGGAGGAAGCAGAGAUCCAGGCUGAGCUGGAAAGGCUAGAAAGGGUUAGAAAUCUACAUAUCAGGGAACUAAAAAGGAUACAUAAUGAAGAUAACUCACAAUUUAAAGAUCAUCCAACGCUAAAUGACAGAUAUUUGUUGUUACAUCUUUUGGGUAGAGGAGGUUUCAGUGAAGUUUACAAGGCAUUUGAUCUAACAGAGCAAAGAUACGUAGCUGUGAAAAUUCACCAGUUAAAUAAAAACUGGAGAGAUGAGAAAAAGGAGAAUUACCACAAGCAUGCGUGUAGGGAAUACCGGAUUCACAAAGAACUGGAUCAUCCCAGAAUAGUUAAGCUGUAUGAUUACUUUUCACUGGACACUGACUCGUUUUGUACAGUAUUAGAGUACUGUGAGGGAAAUGAUUUGGACUUCUACCUGAAACAGCACAAAUUAAUGUCGGAGAAAGAGGCCCGAUCAAUUAUCAUGCAGAUUGUGAAUGCUUUAAAGUACUUAAAUGAAAUAAAACCUCCCAUCAUACACUAUGACCUCAAACCAGGUAAUAUUCUUUUAGUAAAUGGUACAGCGUGUGGAGAGAUAAAAAUUACAGAUUUUGGUCUUUCCAAGAUCAUGGAUGAUGAUAGCUACAAUUCAGUGGAUGGCAUGGAGCUAACGUCACAAGGUGCUGGUACUUAUUGGUAUUUACCACCAGAGUGUUUUGUGGUUGGGAAAGAACCACCAAAGAUCUCAAAUAAAGUUGACGUCUGGUCAGUGGGUGUGAUCUUCUACCAGUGUCUUUAUGGAAGGAAGCCUUUUGGCCAUAACCAGUCCCAGCAAGACAUUCUACAGGAGAAUACUAUUCUUAAAGCUACUGAAGUACAGUUCCCACCAAAGCCAGUAGUAACACCUGAAGCAAAAGCAUUUAUUCGACGAUGCUUAGCCUACCGAAAGGAGGACCGUAUUGAUGUCCAGCAGCUGGCCUGUGACCCCUACUUGCUGCCUCAUAUCCGAAAAUCGGUCUCCACAAGUAGCCCUGCUGGAGCUGCUAUUGCAUCAACCUCUGGGGCAUCCAAUAACAGUUCUUCAAAUUGAGACCGACUUCAAGGCCCCAAACUGUUCAGCAUACAAAGUGGACAAAUGGCAUUCAGCAGCGGGUUUGGAACAUAGCGAAUCCAAAUGAAUUUCAUGAAACCUGUACCAGGUGCUUUUAUUUUCUUGCUUUUUUUCCCAUCCAUAGAGCAUGACAGCAUCGAUUCUCAUUGAGGAGAAGCCUUGGGCAGCUCUGGUCAGGCCUCACAGGAAAAGGCCCCGCCCGAGGUUCCGGUGUCAACAGCCACUGUGUGUGGCUGCUCUGAGUGAGGAAAAAUUAAAAAGAAAAACUGGUUCCAUGUACUGUGAACUUGAAAAUAUACAGACUCAGGGGGGGUCCCUGAUGCAAUGCUUCAGAUGAAGAAUGUGGACUUGAAAAUACAGACUGGGCUAGUCCAGUGUCUAUAUUUAAACUUGUUCUUUUCUUUUAAUAAAGUUUAGGUAACAUCUCCUGAAAAGCUUGUAGCACAAAGGCUCAGCUGGGGAUGGUGUUUGACUUCGGAGGAAAAAAGUUGCUAUUGCCCGUUAAAGGCACUAGAGUUAGUGUUUUAUCCCUAAAUAAUUUCAAUUCUUAAAAACAUGCAGCUUCCCUCCCCUGUUUUUUAUUUUUGAAAGAAUACAUUUGGUUAUAAAGUGGAACCCGUAUUAGCAAGGACGUGGCACUGUUCAUUCCAAUCAAAUGCAGCUUUCUCCUCCGUCUGGUCUCCUGCUUGCAAUUGCUUCCCUCAUCUCAUGAGGAAGAAAAUGAAGUGGGAGGACUGAGAUGUGUGGGUUUUGCCACUGGACAAAGAACGAGGUUAGAAGACUGCAGCUUGGAGUCUCUAGGUUUUCAAAUAUUUCUUCACAAUUUGAACACUUGACGGUUGUCCCUUUUAAUUUAUUUGAAGUGCUAUUUUUUUAAAUAAAGGUUCAUCUGUCCAUGCAGUCCUCCUGGAUUCUCUGAAUAUAGUAACUAUCAAAACUGCUCCAAAGGUAGGCAGAAGAAAACUGACUGGGAAGCCAAAUACUCUGGAGAUCAGUAGUUCCUACCCACAGUCUUUGUCUGCUUGCUAAAUGGUGUACGUCUUGUUAACCACGUUAUUAAAACUUGAUCAGCAUAU